UACAAAUACAAAUCUGCAUUUCUCCACAUUAUUGAUUGUGUAUUUAACUAGUUGGGAAAGGAUUUUCCUUUCCAUUAAUUUCUGUGCAAAUGUCUAUGAAAUCUUAACGGACUGGUGGGAGGAUUCCUGAGAAGGAUCAAAGGCUUGAGAAGAUGCCACUUAAAGAACAAAUUUACCAAGACUCUACGGAAUGGUAAAGGGUCAAAAGUUAACCAAGAGAAAAAUUGGCAUCUUCUUUGUGUUGCAAGUAUGAGAAAGCCAUUACUUUAGAGCAUAUGGCCAUCCGUUCAAACUUUAAACCCCUGCACACAUUUAACAAAACUGCCCUGAACGAGGAAUAACUUUGGGAAAACACCAAUUCAAGAACAUUGGGAAUGAAGAACCUAUUGAAGAUUCUGGGAUAUUUCUGCUUGUGGAUUAUGGUUGAAGCUCAAAUGAAGAUCCCACCAGAGACGGUGCAGCAGUGGGCAUCAGUGUUCUCUGUUCAGCUCCGAGAGUUUACAACCAAAUACUCUGGCUCUAUGUUACUUCAGAAGAAACUACAGGAUGUGGGGUCUAUUGUUAGGAUUAUUGAUUUGGAUGGAAGUGAAUUACUGAGGGACUACUCUGGGGACAUUGAACAAAUGUUGGGGAGUAAGAUGAAGUCUGUAAAGAGGUUAGCAGAGUCUGCAGAAGAUGCGGACCUGUACCAUGAAUUCAACUCUUCACUUCAGUUUGAUUACUACAACUCCAUGUUUAUUAACACACUAGAUGAAGAUGGGAACUCUGUUGAACUAGGUGGAGAAUUUCCACUUGAAGAAAAUGAACAUUUUAACAAAAUGCCUGUCAACACUCAGCUGAGCACCAUCCAGGUUCCCACAAAUGUUUAUAACAAAGAUCCCAAGCUUCUUAAUGCCAUCUACAACUCUGAAGCUAUAAACGAUGUCUUUAUCAGCAACUUUCAGAGAGAUCCCACACUUACUUGGCAGUACUUUGGCAGUUCAUUUGGCUUUUUUAGAAUAUACCCUGGUAUUAAAUGGACUCCAGACACCAAUGGUGUAGUUGCCUUUGACUGCAGGAACAGGAACUGGUAUAUUCAGGCAGCCACAUCUCCCAAGGAUAUUAUCAUAAUGGUUGACAUCAGUGGCAGCAUGAAGGGGUUAAAGAUGACCAUAGCAAAGCACACUAUCAACACCAUCCUGGAUACGCUGGGAGAGAAUGAUUUUGUCAAUGUCAUUGCUUACACUGACUACGUACGCUAUGUGGAGCCAUGCUUUAGAGGAACACUGGUGCAGGCUGACUUGGACAACAGAGAGCACUUUAAGCUGUUGGUGGAGGAGUUACACGUUAAAGGAGAAGCAAAAAUAAAGAAUGCGAUGAAGGAGUCCUUUAAGAUCUUAAAUGAGGCAAGGAUCAAUGGCCAGGGCAGCAUGUGUAAUCAAGCAAUUAUGCUAAUCACAGAUGGGGCCAUGGAAGACUUUGAGUCUGUCUUUGAAGAAUUUAACUGGCCAGAGCGCAGGGUGCGAGUGUUCACCUACCUGAUUGGCAGAGAGAUGACAUUUGCUCAAAACACCAAGUGGAUAGCUUGCAACAACAAGGGCUACUACACACACAUCUCUACACUGGCUGAUGUUCAGGAGAAUGUCAAUGAGUAUCUCCAUGUGCUCAGUCGACCAAUGGUCAUCAACCAUGACCACGACAUUAUCUGGACAGAAGCCUACAUGGACACAGUGCUUCCCAACACAAAGGAGCUUUUCUAUACCAAAGCUCAGAGUCUGCUGCUGAUGACUUCUGUGGCUAUGCCAGUUUUCAGCAAAAAGAAGGAAACGCUGUCACAUGGAAUCCUGCUUGGUGUGGUUGGCACUGAUGUUCCACUAAUGGAGGUGAUGAAGCUAGCACCCAGAUACAUUCUUGGACCACAUGGCUAUGCCUUUCUUCUUAAUAACAACGGUUACAUCCUGGCUCAUCCUGACCUCCGACCUCUCUUUAAAGACGGCAAGAAACUGAAACCAAAGCCGAACUACAACAGUGUGGAUCUUUCAGAGGUGGAGUGGGAGGAUACAGAUGAGAUGGUAAACAUGCCUAAAGAAUUAGGAAUCAAAUUUUUUAAAAUCAAAUCAGGAUGUAUUUGGCUGGAUGACCUUCAGUAAGUGUAUAAGAGACCAUUGUACCUGAUCAACAACUAUUUCUACACCAACAUUGCUGAAACGCCUUUCAGCUUUGGCAUGGUGCUUACCAAGGGCCAUGGCAGUCUAAUGUUUACAGGAAAUGUGUCAGUGGAAGAAGGACUGCAUGAUCUGACCUCCCCUGACCUGAGCAUUGCCUCUGAGUGGACCUACUGUGAGACAGACAUCGACCCUGAUCAUCGAAAAUAUACCCAGUAUCAAGCAGUCAUCCGAUACCUGCAGGGGAAGGAGCCUGACCUAGAGUGUGAUGAAUUAUUGCUCCAGCAGACAUUAUUUGAUGCUGUGGUCACUGCCCCGUUAGAGGCUUACUGGAACACAUUAAUGCUUAAUGACAGGCUGGAGCCAGGGGUUGAGACUGCGUUUCUUGGGACUCGUUCAGGCCUAAUGAGGUUAAUGAGAUAUGCAGGAACUGAAAACAGAGUGGCAAAGAAGUUCCUGACUCCAUCAGACAAAGAUAACCUGUUUACUAUUGAUCAUUUCCCUCUCUGGUACCGCUUAGCCGUGGAAAACACUCCCGGCAGGUUUUACUACUACCCUGUUAAUGACAAAGGUCUGUGCUCAUAUUUUCUUUAUCCAAAAGUAUUUGGAGUCUUUAUAAUUUGAAAAGAAUCAUUGAGUACAUAUGACAGUUUAUUGAAAAUAAAUGUUCCCCUAACAGGAGUGAAGUACGUCAUAGCAACAACAGCGGUUACGGUAUCAUCUGGAGAAAGAACGGCAAUGGCUGGAGCAAUCGGAUUACAGAUGUCCCUGGAUUGGUUGGAAAACAGGUUUUGGAGCAUCGCCAAAGAGCCCAGCGACACAGAUUGCUCAAAUGUCGAGGGUGUGUGUCCUCUGAGUUGUGAAAGUAAUGACCUGAGUUGUUUCCUAGUCGACAACAAUGGUUUCAUCCUACUGUCCAAAGAGAGGAAUGAUGUAGGGCGUUUCUUUGGUGAAGUGGAUGGGUCUGUCAUGGCUUCAUUGAUCAAAAUGGGAAUGUUUAAAAAAGUGUCUUUGUUUGACUAUCAGGCUAUGUGCAAAAGCAGCCACCAUCAUACAAGCAGUGCUCGACCUCUGCUAAGUCCAUUCUACACGAUUUUGGCUCUGAUGAGAUGGCUUUUCUCCAAUGCUGUGAUGUUUCUGCUCGACUUUAACCUCUGUGGUCUUUGGCAUUCGGAUUAUUUUGUGGAUGCCAAAGCUGGUUAUCACACAUCUCAUAAGCAAAAGAAGGUGGAGGCGCUGCAGCCCUGUGACACUGCAUAUCCUGGCUUUAUGUAUGACUCAUCUAUCAGGGAAGCCAACAGUCUCAUCAAGUGUGGACGCUGCCAGAAGAUGUUUGUGGUGCAGCAGAUUCCAGACAGUAAUUUGGUUUUGGUUGUGACCCAAGCUACCUGCGAUUGCUCCCGUCAGUUCGGACCCAUCCUGCUGCAGCCAAAGGAAAUUAAAUAUAAUGCAACUGUAAAGUGCAACAGGAUGAAGUCUCAGAAGGUGCGAAGGCGUCCAGAAUCCUGCCAUGCCUACCACCCAAAGGAGGACGCUAAGGAAUGUGGUGGGGCAUCUGCCAUCUCCUUGUCCCUUCCUCUCUUCUCUGCCUCUCUGCUGUUUUCACCGGUCCUCCUUCGGUGAACACAAACCAGGAUAAACCCAUUAAACUACCAGAAGAUAUGAAAAUUCUUCACUAGUUAGUUAUAAUCAGUUUAUGUUUUAUGUAGAC